AUGAGGGUUGAGUCUUCUUUCGUCCAUCCACAUCUGAUCUCUUCUAUCCAUUUCAGGAUCAAGACGAAGGCUGUGAGUUACCCACAGAAUCAUGUACUUCCCUUGAAAUCUCCUUUUUACAAUAAGCAGAAUAGACACACCGUCAUGUGCAUUGCUCGUGUGACCGCCUUCCUCGACAUCGACGAAAUUAAUUCUGUUCACUAUGGCAUUGAGAUUCUUAAGGAACCCAUUUUGUUACCCAAGGAGAGUAUCCCACAGUCAGUGCAGCUAAAAUCAAAAUUUGGCCAGCAAUAUCAGUGUAGCUUCCCUGACCAUAAUGAACAGGAAAAACUUAAUGAAGAAGUUGAAAAGGUUGCCAUGGAGGCAGGCAUUCCUGAACUUUUACGACCUUUAGGUAAAAGGCCAUGUCUUUUCAAGACCAAAGAUUGGUGGAGUUAUGAGUUUUGUUAUGGUAGAUAUAUCCGACAAUAUCAUAUGGAAGACCAGAAACCUGUUGGAGACAUUAUCUACUUGGGUUAUUUUGAAUCCGAAUACAAUUGGGAAAACACUACUGAAGAGGAAAUUACAUUGCGCAAGAAGCAUGAACAAAAUCGAUAUCACAGUCAGCGUUAUGUGAACGGCACCAAGUGUGAUCUUAAUGGUGAGGGCCGGAAAACAGAAGUCAGGUUUAUGUGUGAGGAAGGCAAUGGUGACUUUAUUAGUCAGAUUGAUGAACCUGAGACAUGUGUCUAUGUGCUAACUGUAUACACAGCUACUAUUUGCCAUCAUCCAUACCUAAAAGCACCAACCCCCAGCAAACCCAUAUCAAUCACCUGCAAUCCAGUUUUAGCCCAAGAGCAAUAUGAUGCUUACUUGGAGCAUAUACAAAGUGAAGGAAAGCAGAAAAAAAUGGAAAAAGAAAAGUUGCUGGAAGCAGAAAACACUGAACUUCCAGGAAAUGAAAAGGAAUUAACUUCUGUAGAUUUGAGUAAAUCCUUGAAAAUCCACCUAACCAGUUCCCCAGAAGAAGCAACUGCUGUAUUUAAAGGGAUGCUGUCUUCAGGUCUGUCUUCAUCCCCUGAUAAAUCAUUUGGGAAAAGCUUGUUCACAGAUGAUGAUUCAGUUGUGAAUGACCAGUCACGUGUGUCUCCAUCUGAUCGGGGAGAUGUGAAAGAAUCAUCAUAUGAAGAUGAAACUGAUAAUGUGAAAACAUUGGAAGAUCUAGGAACUGAAUCUUCGAUUAUUACCACGGAAACAUCCAAAGCUUUUCCCACAAAGAAUGAAGUUGAUUUUCAGAAGGAUAUAAUAGAUGAUAAUGAUGAUGAAUUUUCUGGUAACCUGAAUAAAGAAAUUGCUGAAGCAAAAGAGCACUUUGUGAGCACAAAAGAGAAGUUACAGUCUGUGUUGCAGGCACAAUUUAAAGAUUUGGUGACAGAGGCUGCUGAUGUUUUGCUAGAAGACCAGCCUGAACAGAGAGUCAAUCAACUUGCGGCAACCAAAAAACUGGCAAAUACUCUUAAAUUAUUAAAUAAACUGGAAAAAACAGAAAAGGAACUGAAAAUUGUUGACAAGGCAAUAGAAGAACACAAAAAAAUAUUUGAAAAAUCUAAAUUGACAUCUGACCAAAUGUCUACUUCAAGCCCAAGCAGUGGGAAAACCUCUCAAUCAGAUGAUAACAGUUCUGAAGAUGAACAAGAAAAGGAGGAAAAAAAUUCUGUUACAAUGCAGAAUUCGGAUGAAAAAAACCUUCCAUUGAAAGAAGCAGAAACAAGGAUAAAAGUUCGGGUUACAAAAAUAAAAUCUGGAGGAGUUGCUAAUGUAGAAAAAGAGCUGCCUACAAAGGAGAGGCAGAAAUUAGAACAAUCUGUCAAAGAAGGAUUGGAGAAAGCAGGCCUGGAAUCUAUUGGUGACAAGAUCCAAGUUAGCAUCAUUACAGCUGGUUACUAUGAUAGUGAUGAUGAUUCAUUGAAAGUUUUAUCUGAUGAAGACACAGCAGCAUUUAAGAAUAUGAUUGUUGCCAUUUUGGGUGGCAAUGAUGAUGCAACAAAAGAAAUUGAACGCUAUAAGCAGUCUUCACUUUUUCUGGUUUCCAUCUUUGCCUCUGCUCAUCCAGAAGGCACUUCUGAACUCAGAUGGAAAAUUUUUCAUCCUGGUAAAUCUAUAAUAGAAAAUGACAUUUGA